UUUCUCAAACUUAUGUUUGUAUCAUAUUUUAGAGGAGUCUUCAAGUUUGAUUUCUUAAUGGUCAUUUUUAAACUUAAUUCUUAAUAAUAGCUUCGUGUCAAAGUUUUUCCCAGCAUUAACAUAGUACCUAUAGCUAGUUGGAGUCAUCAUAUAUGGAAUAAUUGUGUAAUCCUCAAGCAACUCUUCUUCUUAUUUUGAUUUUUAGGGUGCUCAACAUUGGGUAUGGUUUCAACUUGGUUAAGCUUAACUGCAAAAAAGAUUGUCUAAAGCAUUGUUUUUCUCAGAAACUAGGAUAAAAAAUUUCAACCUCCUUUACUCAACACCCUCUUUGAACCACCAUAACUUCACUAUCAUCUCAGAAUUCAACAAAUGGAAGUUCAGCAACAUCUGUAGCCUCCCACCCCUUGUGAACCAACUUUCACCUAUAAUCUCUCUCUCUCUCUCUCUCUCUCUCUCUCUCUCUCACACACACACACACACACACACAAAUCUCAUUCCUCUUCCUGGUGUUUUGAAAUAUAUUGGUUCUGCAAAGCUAUUUUUACUGAUUAAUUGUAUUUUAGCGGAAGAGAGUACCAAUGUCUAUAUUGUAUUCAGUUUAUGUGAUUCCUUAGUUCUUCAAAUGAAUAUAUGUUUGCUGUACCAAUAUAUGUAUAUGGAUGUUCAGCAUCAUUUUGGUGAAGGGAAAUAGUCUUCAAUACCAAUAUAUGUUCAUUCCUAUCUCUUACAUUGUUGAAAGUUAAAAUGAAGAUAUUGGUCCUUGGUUACAUUGAUAAAGCUAGUACUGUAAUAAGACCAGCAAAACCUCCUAUUAAGCAUGUGUAUGUGAGGCGCCAUGCUGGCACUAGUGAGAUUAACUAACUGCAGUUUAUAGUGUUAGAAUAGUGAGGUUAACUAACUGCAGUUGGCAGUUAGUGUUAGAAUGUGCUAUAAAUAAGGGGAUUUACUACUCAGUUAGGUAUCAUUCUGGUAGUUAAGGGUUGGUUGGGACUGAUUAUUGGAAUUAGUUAGGGUUUCCUCUUCCAGAUUGUAACUGUUUCAUCUCUGUAAUCUUUCCUUUCUCGAACCAGAAUCUCCAUUGUUACUGGCUGAGCUCUCUGUUGCAAUUCAAUAGCAUUUCCUGUGAAUUGAGGUUACCAGCUCUAACAUACAUGCUGGAGCAUCUCAAAAUUAUGUAUGAAAUUGAAGAAUAAAAGCUCACUAUUCAAGACCUCGAAUUGGCACUCGUAAAACGUUGAAGGAAGGCAAAAAAAAUGCAGACAAUUUGUGGAGGUUCAAUCUUUUUGUAGGACCAUGUUGGAGAAGAUGAUUAGAGACAUAAUGCACCAGUAACCCUCAAGAAUCUUCGCAUCUUCUUACAGGACCUUCUGUUUUAUGUUCACAAGAAGUAUGGACAAAAUAUGAUAUAAAGCCCACAAUCAGGACAAUAACAUCCUUGCAAAAGGAGCUAGAGGGUAUUUUGAGGGGGAACAAAGGGCAUCUGAAGUUGUCUUAUCUGCAAAUGACGAGCAAAAGCUUGAGGAGCCGAGCAUGUCAGCUAAUACUUACACAGAAGAAAAGCUUGAGGAACAUAGGGAGCACAUGUUAGCUUGGAUGAAAGUUCAACUGAACCAAGACUUCAGAAGCUAGAAAAGAAUGAAAACAAGAGAAAUUAUGGUGCUUCAUUCACUGGUCUUCAUGGGUAAAACUGAGGAAGAUGAAGAAACCAAGAAGCAACAUGGCAGAGGGAAUGUUGAGAAGGGGCUUCAAACGCUUUGGAGAGUAGAAAAGAUGGAAGGGGUCCACAAGAAACUAAUGAAAAAGCUUCUUGUGGGGGACUGAAGAAAUAACCUGGAAAUUGAAUCAGAAGUACCAAGAAGAGAUAAACAAAUUAAGGGGGUUCCUCUCGGCCUUUGAUAUGCCUUUGAGGGUUUCCGCCUUGUUUGUACCUCUUCCUCGACGAAACUCUGAGAUCCUCCCACCAAGUCUAAGAACCAAUAUGUUAGACUUGGAGCUUCCCCUGUAUUUAAUUUAUAAAAUGAUUUAGGCCUGCUCUUGACGUUACUUUUCCGUUUUAACGUCGUCACUCAUCUAACCAACAAGCUGAACAAAAGGCCAAGCUGUUAGAGUUAAUGAUCAAGAUUACCCAACUAAGGUCAACAUCUAAAAGCCAUUAACAUAACAGCUUGUCAAAAACUCAUCCUCUCAACAAUUGCUCAUUCCAACCUCUAAAUAAUAUAUAAAUUUAGGUUUUGAUCAAUCUAAAAAUUAUACCUCUAACCAUAAAAAUGAACAAAUGGCUAAUAAGGCUAAGUGGUAAGAGUUAAUGAUCAAGAUUAUUGAAGGUCAAACAUCUAAAAGCCACCAACAUAACAGAUUGGAAAUAUAGGUUUUAUAAACUAAUGAAAAUAAUUGCUCCAGGAUCCCAUAAUUUUUUUUCCCGAGUGGACAGCCAUUGAUUAUUCCUCUCUCACAAUAAUGAUAUUCUCCUCUGCCGUGUCCAUUAAUAUUUGUCUAAUAAUAUUGUCUAAGUCAACCGUGUGAACAUUUCAAGACUACUUUAUCUGAUAGUGUAUACUACUAUAUAAUUAAACUAAAGUUUGAAUUUCAUGAUAGUUACUGAUUGCUUACUUCGUUUGAUUGAUAAUAAUAAAAAAAUGCAAUUUGGAACCAAGGUAUGAAACUUCUUGUUAUUACUUUCGAACUACUUGCGACUAAAUACUUGGGAAUUGCAUAUAGUACAAGUUGUCUAGCUGAGCUCUGUGUUCACAAUCUUCAAGUUCGUGUAUCAUGGAAAAGGAAAGAGCAGAAUCCUCAUCUUCAUUCAAACAUAAGUUGACUUAUGAUGUCUUCCUCAGUUUUCGAGGUGUAGACACCAGGUUAAAUUUCACUGGCCAUCUCUAUAAUUCUCUACGCGAAAAGGGGAUUCACGCGUUCAUGGAUGAAAAAGGGCUUAGAAGAGGGAAAGAAAUUAAAUCAGCUCUUCUCAACGCCAUUCAAAAUUCUAGAAUUGCAAUAGUCAUUUUCUCUAAGAAUUAUGCAUCCUCCACAUAUUGUUUGGAUGAACUUGUCGAGAUUCUUAAUCUUGUAAAUGCAGAAAGUCUAUUGGUAAGGCCCGUUUUUUAUGAUGUGGAUCCUUCACAAGUUCGGCAUCAAACUGGGACUUAUGCAGAAGCCUUGGAGAAACAUGAGAAAAGGUUCCGAAAUAACAAGGGCAAGAUACAAAAAUGGAGAGCAGCUUUACAUGAAAUAUCUGAUCUGUCAGGCUGGCAUUUCCAACUCGGGUGUGAGUCAGAAUACAAGUUUAUUCAAAAUAUUGUUAAAGAGGUCUCAAAAGAGGUCACCCGCAUUCCUUUGCAUGUUGUUGAACACCCAAUUGAUCUAGAUUUUGCAGUGCUUCAGGUGCGAUCUCUCCUUGAACUUGGGUCUGAAGUGGUCAUGGUAGGUAUUUAUGGAUUUGGAGGACAAGGUAAAACAACAAUUGCCCGUGCUGUGUAUAACUUGAUUGGUGACCAAUUUGAAGGUGUGUGUUUUCUUGCUGACAUUAGAGAAAGGACAAUUAGUCAGAAUGGCCUUGUACAACUCCAAGAAACUCUUCUUUCUGAAACACUUGGAGAGAAAGACAUCAAAGUUGGAAAUAUCAAUCAAGGAAUUCCAAUAAUCAAAAGGAGGCUCAAACAAAUAAAGGUUCUUUUGGUUUUGGAUGAUGUUGAUAAACCGGAACAGUUAAAAUCACUUGCAGGAGGAAUUGAUUGGUUUGGCAGUGGCAGUAAGAUCAUUAUCACAACAAGAAACAAACAAUUGCUAGAUGCUCAUGGAGUAGUAAGAUUACACCGGGUUGAACUGUUGAGCGAUCAAAAAGCUCUUGAGCUGUUUAGUUGGCACGCCUUUAAAAGUCAUGAAGUUCAUCCUGAUUAUGUGAAAACUUCAAAGCGUGCAGUUUCUUAUGCAGGUGGCCUUCCAUUAGCUUUAGAAGUGAUAGGUUCUCACUUAUGGGGUAAAAGUUUAGAUGAAUGUAACUCUGCAUUGGAUAAAUAUGAAAAAGUUCCUCGUGAAGAUAUGCAUGAAAUACUUAAAGUAAGCUUUGAUGGUUUGGGGGAAGAUGAGAAGGGUAUUUUCCUUGACAUUGCUUGUUUAUUCAACAAUGAUGAGAUGGGGUAUGUCAAAGAAAUGUUACAUGCUCAUGGAUUUCAUGCAGAAGAUGGUCUUAGAGUAUUAGUUGAUAGAUCUCUUAUAAAGAUUAAGAAUGAUAGUGAUGUGGAAAUGCAUGACUUAAUUCAAGACAUGGGUAGAGAAAUUGUCAGACAAGAAUCAAUACAUGAGCCCGGUGAACGUAGCAGAUUGUGGUUCAAUGAAGACAUCAUUCAUGUUUUGGAAAAUAAUACGGGAACAAAUAAAGUUGAAGUCAUAAAGCUUGGUUAUUGCAAAAACAAAGUGCAGUGGAGUGGAAAAGCCUUCAUGAAGAUGAAAAACUUGAAAAUUUUAAUGGUUAGAGAUGGUCCAAAGUUUUCAACAUGCCCCAAACAUUUACCAAAUAGUUUGAAGGUGCUACAUUGGGCUAAUUAUCCAUCGUGGUCUUUUCCGCCUGAUUUCAACUAUAAACAACUUAAGUGUCUAAGAGUGGAAAGAAUCACGUAUGUAUACACCCGACAUCCUGCUAUUUAUGACAUGGUAUGCAGGUUGUGGUUAGUUCUUCUUUUAAGCACAUCCCAAUUGCAGUGUAAUCUCCAAAUCCUAUUUUGUGCUUUCUUGGAGCAGUGGAAGUGGUUGCUUUGUUCCCUGUUUCUCAGUUUCUUCCGGUGGAAGCAGCGAAAUACGUUGCCUCCCUUCUGGCCCUUGUCACUGUUUCUUGGUUUUUUCCGGUGGAAGAGGUGGUUGCCCUCUUUUCAGGCGGAAGUAGAGCUUCGGCGGAUAGAAGACAUCUGUCAGCUGAUUCUUAUUAAAAACCUGCAUCGAAGCAUAAGAAAGUUUAUUUUGAGAGGCCACCGGUUUGUGUACUUGUCGUCGCCUAUUACCAUAAGCCUCCUUUUGGCAAAGGUGCUUGGCGUCCGGUUUGAAGACCUCUUGCUGCUGAUUAGUAUAAGCAUCCUUUUGGUAAAAGUGCAUCAAAGCCAGGUGCAUCAAAGCCGUACUUACCCCAUUGACCAUGUGGUCUGGCAUUGUGGAGAACAUCACAAGUAGUGAAUUGGAUCCCAAUCUUUCACCUAAAAUCUUAAGAUCUUAGGUAUAUGGAUUUUCUCACUUAUAAAUUGCUUAAAGUUGUCAUUAUCUUCUAUUGUGA